CAAUGACGAACGGCCUAUACCGCACUUCCGUUGCUCAUGACGCCGGAUCGAAGUUCUGACAGCUGAUCUUUUAGUCAGUGUCACCAACCCAGUGACCCCGAAUCCUCAGAUUUAAGCGUGAUUGUGGGUCGGACGUGUCCGCGACAGUCUCCGAUUGCACUUUAGAUCGGAGCCUUGGACGAAGAAGCGCUGUUUGAUUAUGGUGUAGCCCUCAGCGCUAACUCCGACGCAGCAGUAAACAGGAGCGAUGCUGUAUAUGUAUGGUCAAAACAGAGGAAGGAAGGAGGCACCGGCGCAGCUUUACUAAUCACUGAUACACAGGGCAUCUGAGCAGCAGCAGCAGCGUGGUGGUGGUGGUGGUGGUGCAGUCAGAGUCAGAGCUUUAGCCAUGCUAACACUGGCCAGUAAACUGAAGAGGGAUGACGGAGGAAAGACGGGCCGGGUGCCUGGAACCUCUGACUCCACCCACAGGGUCUCCAUCAGGGAUCGUCUCCUCACCAAAGAAGUUGCAGAACUUGAAGCCAAUCUGCCUAGUACAUGCAAAGCCAGUUUCCCUGAUGAGGACAAACUGCAUCACUUUCAGCUGGCAGUGUCUCCUGACGAGGGUUACUACCAGAGUGGACGCUUCCAGUUUGAGAUAGACGUCCCUGAAGCCUACAACAUGGUGCCUCCUAAAGUGCGAUGUUUGACCAGAAUAUGGCAUCCAAACAUCACGGAGAACGGAGAGAUUUGUUUGAGUUUAUUGCGGGAGCAUUCGAUCGAUGGCACGGGCUGGGCUCCCACUAGGACAUUAAAGGACGUGGUCUGGGGACUGAACUCAUUAUUCACGGACCUACUGAACUUUGAUGACCCGUUGAACAUUGAUGCAGCAGAACAUCAUCUUAGAGACAAGGAGGAUUUCCGGAAUAAAGUUCAAGAUUACAUCAAACACUACGCCAGAUGAUAGAACCACGUGGUGAACGUCCACCUGCUCCAUUCGACAGAACUGCUCCACCUUCUGGCCAACUCCCUGUGUGUGAAUCUGCGGCUGACUCUUUGACUCUUCCUCCUGACCAUGCAGCCCCGCCCACAAUUUUUUUUCCCGUUUUUCUUUUGGUUGAUCCAACUGCAGUGACGUCGAGUGAAGUUCACGUGUCGGUGACGCGGCCGCCUCUCUGUGAUGUCACUCGGCCGUCGGAGAACGAGUGACGAGUCACCGACACCAGAACCAAUCAAAUUCCUCUGGAAUGUUGUUUUAUAUUUUCAGGACUGAUGGGAAAGAAUGUGCUCCUUUUUCUCCAGCGUUCGGUGCCAAGUUUAUGUUGCUAAAGAGAACGUGCAUGUGAGUUACGGUCCACGUGCACGCUCACAGUUCGUCACGGCGGUGAGUGCACGUGCGUUCAGCCGUGCACGUCAACGACACAGAUUCAGGACGGAGGGGAAAAGUCCUGUGUCCUCUGGACAGCAUGUAAAUGAACACACUGUCCUGUUGUUUGCAUGUACACACACACACACACACACAUACAGGUUUUUGUGUUUCGUCAGCACCUCACAUCAAACAUAAUGCAUUUCCUGUUGCAGGGGUCUGCAGCCUUCAACACAGUUUUUAUCAUUUUACAACAAAUAAAAUUCACAGAGAGAGACACCUGGUGGUAGUUGUUGAAGUUUUGUGUACUGCAGUAAUACUUCAUAUUGAAGUACAAAGACAGUUUUGGUUGUUUUUCCUGUUUUAUCAUCAGAAGAAAAAUAAAUCUGCUGCGAUGAUGAAUUUCA